GCGUAUUUGCGCACGGACGCACGCAUAUUAUGGACUGCAACCUGCUGAUUCCUUUUAGACUCAACACACACACCCUGUAGGAGCACCGUCACUGAGACUUAGUUCAGCUGUUGAAGAGCUUUUUUUCUCGUCAGUGCGCAGCUUUAAACAGUCGCACAUCUCGGAGAGUGAAUAUAUCUGCUUCUUUAACAUGGGUUCUGUCAGAAGAGUUUUUCUUUCGUUGGUGAAUGUGGCAUCAAACGGUGUCUUUUGACCGACUUACCGGAGCGCUGAGAAUAAAGUUUCACAUGGUGCACUUUAUCCUGAAGCAGCACAGCGCGCUACGGGAAUCCGUCAUGAAAGCAGGGGCGACACUAUCAUGCGCAUUUUUCUUUAUAGGGUAUUUCAAAUGGCUUGAUACGCGACUCUUUUUUUGCGUUUGAUCCGUGGUUGCGACAGAUAGCAACGCGCUCGGACGGACUUUGGUUACCAUUACGCGCAUUUCGUAUCCGGGAUAGGCGACAGAAGCUCCAAGCCAGGCUCACUUGGAACUCCGGAGAGCACAGCGGGACAACACCAUGACCGUCUGCUGGCUUGCCUUGGUCGGAUUGUGGUGGAGCGCUUGUUACUGCAUGUUCACGGUCGCGGGGAGUAAUUAUUCACUGGAUGGAAACAACGAAGUGCACCCGGGCUUCAUUCACCGGCGGCUGCGAACGCACGAGAAGAGGGAGAUGCAGAAGGAGAUCCUUUCCAUCCUGGGGCUGCCGCACAGACCCAGACCGCAUUUGUCACACGGAAAGUACAACUCGGCUCCACUUUUCAUGUUGGACUUGUACAACACUAUAUCCAGCGAAGAGAAAAGCCAAGUGGAAGGCAUUCUGAACAGAUACGAGUCCAUGAGUACGACCCAGAGUCCUCCUCUGGCAACAUAUCAAGAAACCGCUUUUCUAAACGAUGCAGAUAUGGUGAUGAGCUUCGUUAAUUUAGUGGAGUACGACAGGGAGCUCUCCCCGCGGCGGCGACACCACAAGGAGUUUAAGUUCAACCUCUCACAGAUCCCAGAGGGCGAGGCCGUCACCGUGGCCGAGUUCCGCCUCUACAAGGAGUGCGUGAGCCGCGCCUUCCGCAACGACACCUUCCUAAUUAAAGUCUACCAGGUGGUCAAGGAACACCCUGACAGAGAGGCCGAUCUGUUCCUGCUGGAGUCCCGCAGACUGUGGGCGGCCGAGGAGGGCUGGCUGGAGUUCGACAUCACCGCCACCAGCAACCUCUGGGUGAUGAGUCCGGCGCACAACCUGGGUCUGCAGGUCAGCGUGGAGACCAGCAGCGGUAAGGGAUUUCCAUCCCAUUUCCAUUUCCAAACCGUUCACAGUGUGGUUCCUGAUCGUGGCGUUUUUUUUUUUGUUUGUUUGUUUUUUUUCGAAGCAGGGCGCAGCAUCAGCUAUAAGGACGCGGGGCUCGUAGGACGCGACGGGGCUCUGGAGAAGCAGCCCUUCAUGGUGGCGUUCUUCAAAGUCAGCGAAGUGCGCAUCCGCAGCGCCCGCUCCACCGGCGGGAAGCGUCGGCAGCAGAACCGCAACCGGUCCACGCAGCCGCAAGAGGGAUCCAGGGGUCUGGGCCCAGCAGAUUACAACAGCAGCGAUCAGAAGACGGCAUGCAGACGACAUGAGCUGUACGUCAGCUUCCGAGAGCUGGGCUGGCAGGACUGGAUCAUUGCUCCUGAAGGCUACCCGGCCAACUACUGUGAUGGAGAGUGCUCCUUCCCCCUUAACGCUCACAUGAACGCCACCAACCAUGCCAUUGUGCAGACGCUGGUGCACCUGAUGAACCCAGAGAACGUGCCGAAGCCGUGCUGCGCCCCCACCAAGCUCCACGCCAUUUCGGUGCUCUACUUCGACGACAACUCCAACGUCAUAUUGAAGAAAUACAAGAACAUGGUGGUGCGGGCCUGCGGCUGCCACUGACGCCGCCGGAGGACCGGUGGUUCGCUUCAGUGAACGUUGGGUGACCUCAGGUAGUUUCCUGCCCAGCUCCUAAAACCCAAGGAGGGAACAUCCGCCGUAGAAGAUCAUUGUACUCUUGGACAGCUAAAAAAAACAAAAAAAAAAACAAACAAAAAAAAAAACAUCUACCUACUAACGCAUCUAAUAACAUGGCACCGAGCUAAGAGGGGACCACUGCAAGGAACGACACCACGUGGGUGUCACUUAUAGGCAAAAUCACCAGCGUUGAGCCACCUUUUCUAAUAACUGUGGACUGGAGUCUUCAGCUUCAUGGUUCUGCAACUGAGUGAAUGACUGCGUGGCUGGAGAGGACGUUUAAGUUUGUAUAUCCUGAGUUAUGGACGUGUGCGUGUGAAUGCUGCAUGAGAGGCUACUACGCCUUCUGACCCUCGCCGAGAGGGCGAAGGCAAAGCUGAACCGUUCGACGACCAGUCAGAGUGCUGCUCACCCCCCUCCCCCCACACACAGCGGGAUCAGUUCUCAGAAGAGGCUCCGAGAAGGACCGACCGACGAGCGAUCCUUCACGGGCAAAGGACUCCGCGCAGCCGACUCCGUCACCAGAUCCUGUGACACAAAGGAGUGAUGGUUGGAUGGGAAAAUACAAGCCUGGUUUUGUUAAUUCUAACCGAAUGAUACAUUGGAGUCAGUGCGUUCAUAUUUCCUUCCUCUUUCCUACUGUAUUUUCUUCUCGAGGCUUGUUUGCCUUCCCAAAAAUAUAAUACGGACUGAACCAAAGUGACCGCAGGCUAUUUUAGCAGCGCACCGCUCCAAAUAUUCCCUCCCGAGUCAAUAUUUACCAGGCUCAGGCUGCGCUGCGAUUCACCGGGCUGGUUCGACGUGAUGCAUGUUGCGGCUGAACUGAUGUUUUUCUCCAAAGAGCCGAAGAAUACAGCCUUAUCCCUCGGACACACCGCAAAUGGCCUUUUCCAUGUCGCUGCGCUCGCAAAAUUAACAAACGCUUCCACCUCUGACAACCCAUCAAGAGAUCGCGGAAAAACAUUUAGCGAAUCAAAACAGCCGAGCGGGAGCGUUUCUGUCGGCUUUCUGAAAUUAGCCGUUUUGCUUUUUCAACCCCCGCGGGCGAAAACCGCGCCGAGAACUGUGUCCGGGCGGCCGACGUCUCCUCCGAACAUGUUACUGUGAGCUUCGAAUGACACGGAAACCUUUUAGAGGACAUAUUUUAAUGAAAAACUAAUACCAAUAGCAAUCAGAAUACCUUACGUGCCUAACCAGUCAUAAAUUACAAAAUAUACCUCUGGUAAGCUGCUGUUUACAUUUGUGAUCAUGUUUAGACUGUUUGUGUAAAUACUUGUACAUUCUACGCUUAUUUAUUUCACCUUUUAUUAAGAAAGAAAAAUCACAUAUUAACGGAGACGAGAACAAAAUGAAAUACAAAGUUAUUUUUGAAAAAGAUUUAUUACGAAAUCUCAUGUUACAACUUGCCAUUAUUCACUCUUUUUGUACAAAAAUCUCUGGGUAGUGAACAACCCACGACCCAUGAAAAGGAAAAAAAAAAAAAAAUUACUUCCGUCACUGGAGCUCCUUAGACCAUGUGCUAUCCAUAAAAACUUUUACUGACAAAAAAAAAAAAAGAAACGUGUCUCAGUCUGUUUGUGUACCUUGGGUUAGACAAUCACUGGUGGCCUGCGUCAUGCAGCACAAACGUUUCACAAAACCUGGUCCAAGAGCAUUUGCGUUGGGUGCAGUUUGAUACAACAUGUUUAAAACAUUUGACAGAAACUGACACUGCUACCAUGUUUAUGAUAAGUGACAGUUUCUUGGCCCCUGACUGUUAAAUCUCCAAAAUGAACCUUCCAGUACAGGUUAGAUCUGUGGGCUUGUGUGUUCAGUCAGAGUGAGAAAUUAAAACCAGACACCAGCUAAGUUCAGUUUAUUUCAGUGCUAUAAGGACAAAAAUGAUCCGUCCUGCUGUCAUCCUUACAUAUAUGAUGGCACGAGGGAAGAAUAAUGAUUCUGACCCACAGAUGAAAUGGGAAUAAAUGACAAUCACAGUCAGAAAGGUGAUAUAAGCUGAGAGCUAGUCCACCUGACGCUGAGCAGCUGCCUGUUUUACACCUGGAAUCUGGCUUUCACUUACCCAAAUGUCUCACUACUGGUUUACUUGUUCCAGAGCAUUUUUAACCUGGUCUGAUAGUUGUAGACAUUCAUGUUACCGAGACUCCUCCAAACUGAAGCCAAACUUUUUUUCUUUUUACAACCUGAAAUUCUAAAGGAUCCAGCAGUACAUGUGAAUACUGUUCAGUAAUAGUAAGAAAUGGGGCAGCAUGGUCCGGGCCUGAGACUCUGAAUGAAUAGUAGGAGGAGUAACAAUGGAAGGCUGAUUAAGAUCACAGCAGUCAGACUUUUACUAGUUCUUUUCACUUUAAAAAAAAAAAAAAAAAAAAAAAAAAAUCUGGACAUCGAAAUGAAGAGGAAAAAUAUGCUGUGAUAAUAAUAAUAAAACCUCCAUUGGAACUUCUUCUGGUCAGCGUGGGUGUUUCCCUGAGAGUUAAGUCAUCACUGGCAUGGAUAUGAAACACACUCAACUUAACACUCAACUUCACAUUGGGUCACGACAACCUCUACAGCCGUUUCAGCGACAGUACCAUAAAAUUAAUGGCUUGCGAUUUAACAAUAGAUCCCAUGUAUAAAAUUUAGCGUUGAAAAAAGUCAGAUGGCUACAGAUUCAGAAACGAUUAAUUUUUUUUUUUUUU